CCUGUGAGAGUCACAAUCGGUUUCGGUGGAGAGAGAGAGGGAAAAAGAGGAAGGGAGAGAGAGCGAGGUUAAGUGACUGAGGCUGCGGAGUUCCCAGUGGCUUGGGCUUUCUCACUGUGAGGAGAGGCGGUCGGGGUAACUAGGUCCGCCACUCUGGAACUAUCAAUCACUGCAGCAGCAGCAGCAGCAGCAGGUGACGAGAACUUGCGACAAGUAGCUGCUAAGGAAAAUAUAAACGGGUUACACAUUUUUGGGGGCAUUGUUUUCCAGGUCAAGCAGGAGGAAUAUAAAUUAACAGGAGACUGAUUUGUUACGUCGUUGUACGUUUGGAUUGCAUUAUUAUUUACAUCUGCAUGGGAGUAUCGCAACUAUUGCAUUCGGCUUAGGAAGUAUCCGGAUUUAAAAGAAGUAGUACUACCAACAGUCUUUUUUUUUCUUACUGUCGGUGGUGUACUUACAGUACGUUGUAUUUGGAAUUAAGGCAUUGUACGUGUUUAAAAUAUACUAGUCUGGGGUUGGUUUGGUUGUCACAGUAACGCGGACCUUGGUCCUUGGAGAAGGAAAGGAAAGAAACGAAGAUGAUGGGUUUUCUGCGUCGGACCUUCGGCAGACGGUCAUUGAGAAGGUACCAAACGCCGGAUGAGCGAGACGGAAGGAGCAGAGUGGCCGGUGGAGGAGGAGGUGGGGGUAUCGCUGCACUUCAAGCUCAUCAACAGCAAUUCAUUCACACCCCGGUUGUGGUGAGCGGGGGAGCAGUCGUUCAUAUCCCCGCUGCGGGAAACAGCAAGUCGGUGAUAACGUGCAGAGUCCUGCUUCUGGAUGGGACAGAUGUGAACGUGGAUCUGCCGAAAACCGCUAAGGGCCAAGAUCUCUUUGACCAGAUUCUUUAUCACCUGGACCUUAUAGAAUCAGAUUAUUUUGGUUUACAAUUCAUGGACCCAGAUCAAGUUUCACACUGGUUAGACGUCACCAAGCUGAUUAAGAAGCAAGUAAAGAUUGGUCCUCCAUACACGUUGCACUUCAGGAUAAAGUUCUACUCCUCAGAGCCCAACAACCUGCAUGAGGAGUUCACAAGGUACCUCUUUGUACUGCAACUCAGACAAGACAUUCUUUCUGGCAGAUUAAAGUGUCCUUAUGAUGUUGCUGUAGAGCUGGCGGCCUUCUGUCUACAAUCGGAGCUAGGUGAUUGUGACCCCUCAGAGCACUCCCCUGAGCUGGUGUCAGAGUUCAGGUUCACACCCAAACAGACCGAGGCAAUGGAGGUGGACAUCUUCCAGAAGUGGGCAGAGUGCAGAGGGAAGAGUCCAGCUCAAGCAGAACUCUCUUUUCUUAAUAAAUGUAAAUGGUUGGAAAUGUAUGGAGUAGAUAUGCACUUUGUAAAGGGCAGAGACGGCUGUGAAUAUGCGCUGGGACUGACUCCAACUGGAAUCCUUGUUUUCGAAGGGUCCAACAAGAUAGGCCUGUUCUUCUGGCCGAAAAUCACCAGGAUGGAUUUCAAGAAAAGCAAACUAACUCUAGUUGUUGUAGAAGAUGAUGAUAAGGGUCGGGAACAGGAGCACACUUUUGUGUUUCGGCUGGACAGCGCCAAGGCCUGCAAGCACUUGUGGAAGUGUGCAGUGGAGCAUCACGCCUUCUUCAGGCUGCGGCAGCCAGCACAUGGCAAGAGUGGCAGAAAUGACUUUGUCCGUCUGGGCUCCCGGUUCAGGUUCAGUGGAAGAACGGAGUACCAGGCAACUCACGGCGGCAGACUGAGACGCAGAAGUACCUUCGAGAGAAGGCCUAGCAAACGUUAUCCCUCACGGAGGCAGUCCAUGGUGAAAGGGCUCAACCCUGUGAAAACUGUACACCUAAGUGCUCAGACAAGUCCCGACCCCACCCUUUAUCCGUACAAACAGAACAUUCCCACAAGCCAUGAGCAGUGGCACCCAACUCACACCCCUUUACCAACACACCUGCAGCAUCCUGGGCACACAGGCAGCAUGAGCUACCCUUUGACAGCAGUGUCCCCGCUGAACAACACAGAGCUGCAGCAGUACAGCAUAGAGGAGAACGGUGGGACGCCCUACAGUGGGAAGGUGAGCGGGCGAUGUCACCACCACCACCAUCACCACCAUCACCAUGGAUACGGGAUGGUCACCACGGACAGCAAAGAGGCACUGGCAGCUGUACAGUGUGGAAGCAAGCUGAGCACUGGUAUUCCCUGCCAGUACGAGGAGACGGCUGCACAUCUGAAACAGGUGGAAGGGAGCAAAGUUUCUGGGCCCUGGCCAGCACUGCACAUCAAUAUCAACAACAAGGCUGAGGAGAAACAUCUGUCGGAGAAGAGCCUCCACUCUCCGUCCUCUCCAUCUGUCAUUCCAGACCAUCUCAAGUGCAACAUCCUCAAGGCUCAGAUGGACGCUGCCUUCAGAGUGGGGACUCAGGCUCUGAAAGAAGAGGGAAGCCCAGACCCCUGGAGAAACUCUGCAGGACAGGAGCACAAUGGCAGGUGUCCAGUGUCGCCACAGGAGACAGCCCCAUCGAGUACAGCAACGGAGAAGCAGAGCGUUCGUCCAGCUCGCACAAAGAAACUGAUAAGGCAGUACAGCUUCAACCACGAGGACGAGGAUGACCUACCGGCUGCCCUAGCAGCGAUUUCCUCCCAGAGCAGCACAGGCAAAACAGCCUCUGAGAGCUCCUUCGAGGUGCAGGUCCAGCCACCCAUCUGUGUCAAGAGUCCCACCGAGGGGUCUGGUAAGAUGCCUUUGGAGCCAGGGGAUCUGUUAAUGGACUUCACUGAAGCCACGCCUCUGAUAAAAACAGUACCUUCUGACCCAGCAGACACCUUUUAUGAUCCAUUUUCACCUGUGCCACAAUUCUCAUUCAGCCAGGCAGAGCUGCCAGUUCUAGAUGUGCGGCCGCAGUGCUGUGACCACCCUCUGUCACCGGCCAAGCCUCUGCAGGGGCCUCAUGGCCACACCGGUCGCUCGGUGAUGGAGCUGGGCCCAGGCCUGCGGCCUCUCCACCGAAACACAGUCCUGAUGGGCAGUUCCGAAGCUCUGAGGCGGGAGCUGGACCGAGAGAAGCUGCUGAAGAGGCUCCUGAUGACUGAACUGUGACCCCGAAUCAGAGAGGAGAGUGCCCUCCUGUGUGCCUUCAGAGCGUUUACAUUCCUAAGCCCCCUUCUCAAAGAGCUGCACCUGUAAUGGAGCUCCUGUUUACAUCCUCCGUGCAUUACAUCUGUUUUUCCUAAGCCCACAUAUGCUCAUGCAUAUACAUACACACACGUAACAUGUAUUGUCACACAGAGAUGUGCACAUGCAAAUAUACUGUACAGUAUACAGUAUAACACAUGCACAUACACAUUGCAAAUGGUUAACAUUUGCUGGGCAUUUGUGCCAAUGCUGAAGGUGUAUUCACCCAGCACUGGCACCAAAAACAGAAGUGACAAGAGCCUAUAUAAGAAGCUGUACUUCAUUCCUAGAAACUCUAGGAGCCUCUCCUGUACAUAGUGUAACAUCACAGCACCCUACUUUAAUGGUAGAGAUGGUUGCUAAGCAGGAGAUUUAGGGGGCAAACAACAGUUGGAUACACAAAAUGACUUUUGAUGAAUAAUUCGAUUUGUUCAUGUUUUUAUGCAGAAUUCCACAUAUGUAUAUAUUUCCAGCAGAAUCUUGAUUUUCUUAUCUUUACAGUGUUUGCAGAAAGCUUUAAUGUAAAGAAAAGCAGUGCAAUGAUGUUAAAUUAAAAGGCUUGUUCCUGUGAAUCAGUUUAAAAUGUCAGAAAACUGGCUUUAACUUUUGUGGGGUCCUUUUAUUCAUUUUGCUUUUUCUUGUCUGUGCUUUCUAUUUGAAAUGGUAAAAGUAAUAGUAACAGUAAGCCUUACGAUUUCAUUACUAUAGCUGCAUUUUGACUUCUGCCUUCUAUGCAAGGUUUAGGAUAAUACUUUUUUGUAGAUUAAUUAAUGUUCUAAAUGAAAGCAUCUCUGUUGCCUUGUGUAGUUUAGAUUUCACUUUAUGACUUCUCUCUCGGUUCCUAAGGUUAACUAAGGACCUGCUGAUGAAUUCACAGUGAAAGGGUUGAUCAGACCCACUACUGUAGUGACUCUUUCACACUGACUGCCCUUGUUUGCCGGUGUUGUCCAUAUUUUCUGGACUUUCCAUUCUUGAUUAGUCUGAUAGUUUUGCUUAUCAAAACCUAGUAAGAAGGGAUACAGUCUCAAGCAGAGUAAUUUAUAAAUUUAGAGACUGAGUUCAAUUUGUUUAGGGGCCAUAACAUCAAAGAUGUUUUUAGCUUCAUGCCAAAUUAUUUAAAACUUGUAUUUAGUGGUUGUGUGUUGUGCUUAAUUUUCCCUAUACAACAAGUCAUACUUGCAGAUGAAGACCAGACUUCAGCUGAAAGGUUACUAUAUUCUUAAAACUGAAGAACAGUUAUAAAUGAGAAGAGGCCAUUUAGCCCAUGCAGCUUGUUGGGUAAUUGACUCAAGAAUCUCAUCCAGCCGUCUCUCGAAACAAACCAGGGUAUCGCUUUCAACAACAUGGAUGAGAAGCUUGUUCCACUCUCCCACAACUCUGUGAGUAAGGAAAUGCCUCCUGUUUCCAGUCUUAAAUGCUCUUCCACAUUGUUUGCACACGUGUGUGUCUUAACACACAACAGGCUACAUUCAUAGAUGUGCAAAAAUACUGGGGCCCCUGGACAGAGGAUUUGAAGAGGGUGAACCCUAAAAUAGUGAUGCAGGGUAUAAACCAAAGUCCUCUGAAUAAACACAGGGAAAACACAAUAGUGAAGUGGAAAUGACAGUGAUUCUUCAGUGGAGAGCACAGAAUUCACACAUGGCCUCCGUCAUAAUAAAAGCUGGAGCAUAAAGUGUUUAUUAUACCGACUGCAUUUCUUCAGACACUAAGUUUCUAGACACGUUUCUCUUUAUUUCUGCAAGCACUCGUCUGGUUGUACUUACGUUCUCAACAUUAGACCGACAUUACUCAAACUUUUCACAGUGCUCGUGAAACUUUCUGAUGGUCUUGAUCUUUCCUAAUGUUGAUUAUACAGUUACCUGAAGAUUUGGACAGCACUUUUGGUUCAAAAAUAAAAAACGCACAAUUGAUGUGUAGAAAUGAAAUAAAUGGGAAUCAAAAACUUUUUUGGGUUUAGUGCCGGUAUAAUUGUCAAAAUGAUGAUCUCCUUCAUCAGGAAAAAAAUGAUUCAGUUUAAAGGUGGAGAAUAAAAAUGGUGAAGUGUUCUGCAGCCUUGGAGAACACCUGACUGGCACACAUCCCACAACUCAAAAACUGCUGGUUAAGACUAGGGGAAGAAGCUGGCAUGAGGGAAAAGGCCUCAGUCUAAGGAAUGGGGCCUCAGAAAAGGGUUCAUAGCAUAAUCAAUGAGAAUCUUGAUGAGCCUUUUUAUAGCUCUGAACAUAGGAAUUGAAAUAUAUGUAUCAUCAUGUAAAAUUUACAAAACACAGUAUUGGUUACCAUGUGCAUUUGUACCACAAAGUCUGAUAAACUAAAAGUAUUUAUAAUAUAUAAUGUUUAAAAGUACUGUAUUUACUUUUACAAAAUGUAGUGUUGGAUACUAUUGUGAGCUCGGACAAGGCUGCGACGCUGAAUUGGAUGAAGUGAUUAGAAAAUAGAAGGAUGAAUGGAUAAAGUGUAGCAUCAUCAGAGGGCGAUUCCCUCUUUGUCAUUGUUUUACUUGUUUGUUUUUUUUAAGCAUAAAGCUGUAUUUCUAAAUGGCAUUAGAACAGGGUUGCUUUCAGACAGAAGUUCAAAUUUGCUGGUCCAUGUAUUUUUUUAGAAAAAAGAGAAAAUCUUUAAUAUUGUAUUUUCCCUGUAUAAAGAAACAUGAGGUGCAAAAGCAUGCUUUUUAUAUGACACUGUUGUUUAAUCUUUUUAGGCAUUUUUUUCCAAAAAUCCUUUCAUCAAUUAUUUAAUCUGAUUUUUAAAGUUCUUAAAUAUCUACAUUUGAUAUCAACAUAGUGUCCAUUUCAUCUAUUUACUAUACACUGUUCUAAAAUGAAUGUAAAUAGUUUGUAAAUAUUUAAAGUAGUACCACUCAAAUACAGCUUUCUUUCACACAACACAUUUUCCUAAUUGAAUUGUAUAUGUAAUUGGGAGGUGAUUUUAAUACGCAAAAUGUAUUCUGUGCAUUUUCAUGACAGAGUGCAUGGUACACUGAACAAAGUAUUUUCUAUUGCUGCCGUUUAUGAAUUUCUACUAAAGAAACGUCAACUUUUAUGAAUAAAGUGGCGUUUAUGUGUCUACUUGUGGUAAUUAUUUGGAAUGUUAAUUUCUGCAUGAGCAGAUUGUCCUGUAAAUGAUGAAUCUGUCUUGUCCUAAGUUGGAGCUUCUCUGUUUCUUUUAACAACCUAAAAAAAGGAUGAGAAAAAGACACAUGUGUGUCUGGAUUAUAUCAAAACUUUAGCCCCAUCAGCUGAAUGGAAAUGAUUAACCCGGUACCUGCUAGGUUCUACCUUGAAACCUGGAUUCUUUAAGGGGUGUGUUUUUUGUGACAAUAAGGUAGAAGCAUAAGCUUAAGCCAAAUGAAAGGUAAAGAUGCUUUUAGUUUUCCAAUUUUUAUUACUAAAAUAGGCUUCGUCUCUUUACCCAAAAUAAAUGCAACAAAAUUCCUUUUUGCUUUAAUGGACAAGAUGCUGCAUUUAAACAGCAGUGUUAAGGGCUCUGAACCAGAAGGGUGUUGGUUCAGGUCCGGGGCCGAACACUACUAUUGUACAGUAAAUGGCCUAUAUAAGUGGAUAUCAUAAUUAGAAAUUAGAACUUUUUCUCGGUUGACUAACCUGAUAACUGGAACCUGGAAUUAUUAAAACAUGAUGUCUUUGUAUUAAAUGCCAAAAUGAAAAUGCUGCAAACAAAAAUAAAACAGAGAAACUGAAGCAUGCAGUUGUACAAAGUCUGCAUACAGUAUUGUGAUAGAAAAACUGAAAAAAAUGCUUUGAAGCCAAGGUUAGUUUUGCUGUUAUGCUUGUCCAGCAAUGUUGUGGCCUAUAUUCUUUAUGCAUUGUCUCUUCUUAAUUGUAAAACCUGUGGCAAAGUAAAAUCAUGUUACAGUAAAGUAAAAAGCACCCUGUGAUAAAGAAGAGCUUUUAAAGUGGGAUUCGGGAGAUAUUGAUCCUUCCCAAUCACGCUCUGCCUGUUAGCUUUUGUGCUACAAUUUGGAAUAAACAUUUUUUUCCUGUGUUCAAAACACAAUUUCUCAGGAAAUGUGCAAAGAAAUUGGCAUUGGAUCUCUGCUAUAAAACUCCCCACAGAAGCUGACCUUCAAUAUAACAAAAGGUCUGAAUUUCAUAAACUGUGAGUAUCAUUAAAUGAAUAUUUAGAAACAUCUAAUGUCUCUUUUAAAGUGUUUCAUAUAUACAGGUAUGUGUGUAUGCAUUCACACAUAAACUCUGUAUUCAUGUACUAUAUAUGUAAACAUGCAAACUGCCUUAUAAGUACAGUAUUUUGUUACUCAUCAAGAGUGUAAAUAUACAGUAUGAUGCACAUUUAACCAAACAUACACAUGUAUGUUUCAUGCGAUUUAAAGGAAAAAGUACAUGAUGGUAAUUGUAAAUAAUUUUGUGUUCCUUUUUUGCAUUUUUUUCAGUUUUCCUCAGUUAAACACAUUUCAUGUUGUCUUUGUUUUUUUUGCUUUUAAAGAUGUAUAUACCUGGGAAGAUGUAUAGAAUUCAUAUUUAUAUAUUUUAGCUGGGUGGAAAAUUGUCAUCCACUGUAUCAGUAUUAUUCAAAAAUACAGCAUGAGUUUUGUUGAGUCCUGAAAAAUAAUAAACAGUUUUGAAGAUUAAA